ACAGUUCGCUUAUCGUGGAGCACAACAAUCGCUGUUAGCCAGUCGAGAGUACGCAGCCCCGAGAUGAAGAUCGCACUUUUUCUGCUCAUGCAAGGACUCACGUCGGCGUUGGUCGGUUGUGCUUCCCCACAGUACUUUUAUCCACCCGUUUUCUGGCAGCAAGAUAAUUGUCCAUUCAAAAAAUUAGGCAAAGGCAGGAACAACCUAAAUGAAUACUUCAUCAAAGUCCUACCUUACACAGGGAUGAAUGUCGUGUGUCCCAGCGACGUCAUAAUGAACACGUGGAGGGCACGCCCUGCGUAUAUGCUAACCAUGUACGAGAAUCUCUGGCACGUGGACAAGGCAGGAUAUGAUAAAUGCGAAGUGAACAAAGACGGGAAACUUCUGUUGGUGUGUGACAAUCCUAGCAAACCAAAGAAAUUACAAUUUUCAUUCCAUCCUAUUUAUUCCAGCGAAGAACCGAGAUUUGUUCCUGGGAAUCAUUACUACUUUAUAAGCACAAGUAAUGGCAUUGACAUUGACCUUGCCACGCGGCGAAGAAGCGGAGAUGAUGGUCACUGUGUCCAAUACAACAUGAAGUUGCAUAUCUAUGUCUGUAAUCCUAAAAUUGAGGAUUGUAUUUGGGAACCACCGCAAUGCGAACCUCCGACAGAGAUAAGACAUCGAAUGUUGAUGGUCAAUGGUAAACUACCACGACCUACACUGAAAUCACGCCACAAAACCAAACAGGAAAUCACAACACUCAAUCCAACAACACGGGCAUUUGACACAACGAAGGCACCACGACGUGUCGAGGCACAGAAAAUUCAAGGGAAAUGCAAGAGCGAAAACGAAACUUCCAUUCCACUGGUCAUGAAUUUUGUUCUUGGCGGAGUGAUUAUCUUUUUGAUCGCCGUUGUUAUAAUCCUGGCUUGUGCCCUAGCGAAAAGGACCAGGCAGUACAACCCGCAGAAAGCUAAGCUCCCGCCAGAAACCAAACAAGGCAGAAUAUACGAAAGUGUUCCAGUCCAAUUACCUCCGAACAUGGUACCCAUCGGAUCGCCACAAGCCGACUACCUAGUGUACGCUAGGCCAUGCACUCCAGAUCCUCUAUACCAUACAGUUAUCAGGACUCCUUCUCAUCAUGAUUACGAGGCUCCGGUGUUCAGAUUUCCCGACGUGCCUCAGAGGAGUCGGGGUGGUUCAAUGCAGAGGAGUCGAGCCGGUUCAACACAGGUGAAAUCAAGUAUAGAGAAAGAUGAUGUGGAUCCCGCUGCUCCGGUGUGAUUUGAAACAUCAGUUUGGUAGAGCACAUAGAAAAUGUUUUUGAAAUCGAGAGACACGAUGAUAUACACACUUCAACAAUCGUGGAAUCUCUUUCUACUCCCGGUAUGACGAAGUUCAAAAGCAUAGCUGUUGCCUAGCAACAUCACUUUGUGUGAUCAUGUACAGCGAAUGUUUCCUUAGGAAACGCAAUGAAAAAUCACAGCACUGAUAGACUGAUGCAUUUAUCAAGCUGCAGCGUAGAUUUCAUUUGCACAAUUAAGGCAUUCGGGCAGACUAUCAAGUCAAGGAUAUAGAUACGAAGA